UGGGUAGUGCUGGCAAGCUUUUUUUCUGUCUAGUUUAUCCCUUCGAAAUUAGGAACGGUUGACGCAAAUAUCCCUCGAGUACAUUUGCGCGAAGUUCAAGUAACAAACAAAUAUUCAACAUGGAAGAAGAGGUCCCCACGAACCUGACCCUCUUAGGUCACAAAAGACCUAAAUCCCGAUCCGGAGAGAGAGAGAGAGAUGUUAUAAUAUGCGAACUCCACCGGUGACGAAAGAUAUGUGUAAACAUAUCUUAACUUGAGAGUUAAUAAUUAGCUUUCAUAAAAUCCUUAGUUCGGCAAAUCAAGUAACUUAUAUUUUGCAUUCUAGGUAGUUUAAUUUACGUCAUAAACACACCUAUUGUAAACAAAAGCGCUAAUCGUUAUCGAGAUGAUUCAUUUUAUACUAACCCUCUGAGGCUUUCGAAAAGUUCUCACAGUAGGAUACAUUAUUCAGCGCUGCAAGCUUGAGAAGCAACUUCCCGAGAAAGACAUGGAAAUGAAUUGUAAUCCUAGCACUGAAGACUUAAUGUCUUUAGAAAGUGGUAUUCAUUCAGCCGAGGCAAACCAAGCAACAGUUAGUAGCAUUCGAUCUUUGGACACAGGAGCUACCAUUUCAGCCAAUACAACACCAAGAGAAUCACCAACUCAAACCCCUACAGCAGAUAAGAAACCAGCUUCUUUACAGUUGAGUGUGGAAGAUAAUACCUGGAAGGGUUCUGAAAAGUCAAAUAAAGUUCCCUCUGGUGGGCAGCUGAGAAAGAAUAUUCAAAACAGAGCAACCAGGUUCAAAGCUGUAUUUCGCCAAAGCAAACCACCAGAUUUAAAGUUCCGGUUAAUCUUGGUGUUAUUGUUUUGUUGUAUUGUAGCACUGGUAACAUUUACAUGGUUUUUAUAUCAUCAGAAACUGAUGAAUCUUGAAAUUGGUGACAAAAUUAGGUUUCAUGAAGUUCAAAGAAUUCUACAUCUACUACGAGAGAAUGGUGAAGAGCAUCUUACUGGUUAUUUAGGUUUAAAUAUGCCUGUUAACCUUAGCCCUUAUAACUGCCAGGUCCUUCAACACGUCUUAGGCCCCAAUAUUUGUGUAGAAUGGAAAUAUCGAGCUCGCCUGAUGAUUGGUUAUUGGCACAAAGGAAAUUUAAGUUGUUACACUGUGAACUGGCAGGCUCUCUCCCAUCAUACUAAUUUAGAAGACUGUUUCAGCCUUCAUGGAGCCUUUUGGUAUGGAAUGGGAGAGAUAAAAAAUAUCUCAUGGCCACUGUCUAAUAUAUCCCUAAACAUGCAGCCAUUUGUGUCAGGAGAUGUUUAUGACAAUGACUUUGGAUCUAUCCUGGAGCGGUAUUGGUUGUCUUCAGGGGGAAUUGCUAUCCAUGUGGAUCCUGAGGUUCCUCUCUAUGUCAGUUUGAACAGUAGCGGAAAUGAACGGUUAUGCUUUGUCGCAAAAUACCAGGGGUUUCCUUACCAUGUUGCUGAAAACAAAUUACCAAAUUUAAAGUACACUCUGUGUACUGGUUCAGAUAUUAAGUCUGUUCAUCUUGACACUAUGCACAAGUUUCACAGUCUUCCAUCAAAUAUUUCUAGUUCAGAAUUUCUAGAAAGCCCAGUGUGGGCAACUGGGCCAAAAUUUGGUACAUCUCUGAGUCAGGAAUCUCUGCAAGUGUAUGCAAACCACAUUAUGGAACAUGGAUUUGAAGCUGGGAAUAUUCUUAUAGACAUUAGAUGGCAAGAAAAAGAGGGGGACCUUCAAUUUCGAGUUGAUAAUUUUACAAAUCCUGAGGAAGUACUCAACAUUCUCCAUCAUAAGGGUUUCAGAGUGUUAUUGGCAGUUCACCCUUAUGUUUGUGUGGAUUCUGUUGCUUUCUUAAACGGUACUGAUGGAAUGUAUUUCAUUACUGAUGACAAAUGGAAUGUGCCACUUCUAACUAGAUGGCAAGAUUCUGUCUGUGCAGUUGUUGAUGUUACAAAUGAAACAGCUGCUCAGUGGUUUCUAGCACGUCUACGAGAGUUAAAAUCAAAGUACAACAUUGAUGGUUUUGUUUUUUUGGGGGGUCAAUCUUCAUAUCUUCCAAAAUUUUAUAAUUUUCAACAACUAAAGGUUAAUCCUGAUACAUAUCUUACACAGUAUGUUCAGAUUGCUUCUAAAGCUGGUAAUUUUAUGGGAACAGGAGUAGGGUUUAAUACCCAAAACAUUGCAGCCUUUGUUGCCAUAGCACCAAGAACAUCUACUUGGGAUGCAAGGACUGGAUUAAGAUCAAUCUUACCAACAGUUCUUACUCUUGAAUUACUUGGUUAUCCAGUUGUUAAUCCAGGAUCAGUUGGUGGUGAUGUUUUACUCGUAGAAAAUGCUACUCUACCCGAUAAAGAACUUUAUCUACGUUGGUUACAACUUGCAGCUUUCAUGCCAGUUGUUCAAUUUUCUGUACCACCAGGAGACUAUGAUCUUGAUGUCAUCAAGGCUGCAAAGGUUUUGUUUAAAAUACGAGAAGAACGUGUCUUGCCUGUCAUGCAGCAUAGUAUCCGAGAGUACCUUCAAACUGGUGCCCCAAUCAUUCGUCCACUCUGGUGGCUUGAGCCCACCAAACAAGAUGCUCAAGUUUUAAAUACACAAUUUGUUAUUGGUGAGGAGAUUAUUGUAGCCCCUAUAUUAGAUAAAGGAAAGCGUAACCGAGAUAUCUACUUACCUCAAGGAUGGUGGCGAGACGAACUGUUGGGACAAAUCCAGCGUGGUGGGAAAUGGUUACACAACUACACUGUGCCUUUAGAUAAAGUAGCAUAUUUUACUAGAACAGAAAAGCCAACCUAAUGAACUAAUGGGCUUACAUGAAAAAAAAGUGUUGGUAUACACUUAAAGCUCAUUUUGUAAAAGAAGAUAAGUCAAAUCUUUGUCUUUCAUAACAGUGUAGAUGUUUUAUAUAUAUUUGUUCAGUAAAAUCUUAUAAUUAACUAAACAGAUGGAAGUUAAGGAAUCCAGUGACUUUUGUAAUGUAAUGACUUACUUCAACUCCCAGUGAAACCAUCCUCGCAGUGUUUAAGAUAGAGACUAAUAUGUGAUACUUAGUUGUAACUAACCCUAAAUUAAAGUCUGAAGUAAGGAAAAUCUGUUAAGAAUAAGUGAAAUGAUUUAUGUAAACGAUUUUCUGAACAGAUAAGUUUAAAGCCAAAAUUAAAAUAAAAAAAUUGAUAAUUUUGAAUAGAAGUAUUUAACUUAAAAUGAUGUUAUUAUUCUUUAAGAAACAAGGCAGGUAAGAUGUGGAAAUCUUUAAUUAUGUUUUCUCCAGAGAGUUUGGUAAGUUACAUAUCAGUUGAAGGAGCAUAACUGAAAGCGUAGUGUAACAUAGAAGGAAAAUAAUUCUAAUUUUAAAAAAUUCUAUGCAAUCAAAACAAUUCCAAGAUGUACAGUCCUGUUUUACAACACUGAAAAAAAAAAUUAAAUAUAAUUUAUCAUGUUCAGAAAACUUGAAUUUUAUAUUGUUAGAUAUCUACUAAGAAUAUUAUGGAGUGGAAAUAAGUUCAGUUCAUUCUGCUUGCAUUAAGUUCUGAAACUUGGCGUAUGACACAUUCCCAUUUAGACGUAUAAUUGUUCAAACUUUCAUGUCAUUGUAGGAAGUUAUUUUAUAUAUUCCAAUAAUGUAGAUUAACAAUUAUGUCUCCUAAAGUCAUACAUUAUAAGCAUUACUUGCAAGCUAAACAUAUUGUAGUUUAUAAUGGUCUUGAAGAAAAAAAAAGAUCAUGAAGUUAUUGAACAUAAUAUUUUUAUCUUGUAAUUGAAGGUUUAAAAAGCUCAUUUACAAACAUGUACAUAACAGUAAUGUUUUAUGUAUAACAUAACAUCAUACAGUGCACAGUAUUUUGUACAUUAAAAUAUAUUUGGAAGAAGUUGUUAAAGCACCUCUAUUUUUCAUACCUAAAACUAACUAUUUGAAAGGGUAUAAUACAGUACUAGUAUCUUUAUUGUGGCUUAAUAGAUUUUACUACUAGAAUAUCUUUAAUCCUUCUCUUAUCAAGAUAUCAAAACAGAAGUUACAGCCAACGUGAAUAAUUUACACCAUUCUUCAUUAUUUUAAAUAAUUAUUAUGUGAUGUGUGAAAAAAAAACCCAACUUGGUUAACUUUUAAUUAAUUAUUAUACAACAAGUAUCCAUGUUAGUAAGAUAUGUAAUGUACCCAUCUUGCUAAUGAAAGAGUUAAGCAAGGUAAUGUAACAAAAUCAGUCAUGAUUUCUUCUAGAAGACCAGCUCAUCAAGCUCAAGAGAUACUAUAAUAUACAGUUGAAAUAUUUAUAAAUAAUUAUAUAUUUAUGUAUGAUCAGCAUACAAAACAUUCCAAAUACCUAAGACUCAGUUGACAUUAUGGUAAAAAUGUAAGUUUUCUAAAGUGAUUUUUAUAUGUCUUAUUAUUAGUGAAAUGUACAAAUAACUCUGCAUAUUUUUAUGAUCGAUUAUAUUUGUGUUAUUGUUUUUUUACAUUCAUGAUAAUCAUAACUAGUAAUAAAUAUAUAUUGUAAUUUGCAUGUGGGUCUGAAUAUUGUUCCUAUUUUCCUUUUGGAUUAUUAAUAUGAAAACAAGAGUGAAAUUGACCUUUCUAAAUAUUAAAGAUAUAAUUUACUGAGAAGUUGAAUAAUCAAUAUCAUUAACAUCAAAUACUCCACAUGACGUGUCGGGCUGAUCGAGGCCGAGUAAUUUGCAUGCUUGACUGUGGAGCCGAAAUUUUGUGGUAGAAAUACCACUAUCUAGUCUGACAAGAGCAGCCCAAGAUGGAUGGUGUUAACUGGCUGCUGUAUCUUCAAAAUUAAGAACAGCUAAUGCAGACAGCCCUUGUGUAGUUUUGCACAAAAUCCAAGAACCACAAUGCAUUUAAAUUUAAUAACGUGAGUUUUAAAACAAUAGCCAAUUUUAAUAGUAUGUGAAACUAAUUGUCCAUUACAUUAAAAUAAAUCUCGAACUCACAAGAAAAUAACCAUACAUAUUGGUACUAAAAAAAAUCUGUAUUGGAAUAAUACAUAGUUAUGAAAGAAUUGUAAACCAGGAAAUAUUAAACACAUUUAUCUAAAAAAAAAGACAUGUUUGGGCUUUAAAAUUUGAUUAUGUUGAAAACAGUCAAACUGCACUUUCUAUUACCUACCAAAAAUGAGAGAGAAAGACUUGCAUAUUUGAUCUUCUUUAAAACCAUGGAGGAAAACCUUUUCUGACCAUGGUGCUUUGUCCAUUUUGAAAUUUCAAUCUUUCUGUUUACUGUAAGUGUAUUAAUAUCAACAUGACACAGAUCAGUACCAAUAUUUUACAUAGAAUGUUCAGGGUCAGAUGUAUAUUUAAUCUUCUAAAAUCAGAAGAGGACAAGACAUUAACAAAAACCUUGUUGUUAGUUUUAACAUUAUCAGUCAGCUGUUCUCGUAAGUUAUUUUGAAUUACCUAAUUUCUUUUUUUAACAAGUCCAUGGCUUUUCUUUAGUUCUGUAAGUCUUCCAACUAUCUUUGUAUUUGAAGUUCUUAAACUUACGGCAUUUAUCUACAAUUUUCUCCUUUAGGUAUUUGGUCAGUCUAUUAGAUUUGAUCUUCUCUGUUAUCUUUUUCCUCUUGAGUUAUAAGUAGUUUGCUUUUAAAAAUUUCUCAGAUCUCUCUCAAAUCAAUUUUUAACUCACUAUCUCAAUUUAUUUGUAAUAAAUCUUGUCUCAUGACCUCAAAUUGGUUUUCUGAAAAUCAGAAACUAAAAUUUCAUUUUCUUUUCUCUCAGUAUCUAGCAAAAAUCAUAGC